AAAUGUCAAAAAAUCCAACCAAAUCAUCCUACGCUCUUGAAUUUUCUGGACAAAUUCUAUCGGUACACGUGUACUAAACCUUAUUUUAUGCUAUGUUUCACAACAAUUACUUUUUGCUGUGAUUCCUGGAUCAAUAGUGCAUUGGUGAAGUCACUAAUUUAGGCGGUUUGUGCUAUUCACACUGGUGCCCUAGUGUAGUCUUCUACUUGUGUUUACCAACAGGAAAAAGCUUGAAGAUGUCUGAAUUUAAAGACUGGUACAACAGCGUACCGUUCUUUACCCGGUACUGGCUAACUUUCACAAUAGCCUUGAGUUUAAUUGGAAGAUUUGGCAUUAUUAACUACUACUACAUGAUCUUGGACUUCGUGCCUCUAGUUCAGCAGUUUCAGAUAUGGCGCCCGCUAACAGCUCUGUUCUUCUACCCGAUUGGUCCAUCCACCGGCUUCCACUUCCUUAUCAACUGCUACUUCCUGUACAACUACUCGCAGCGGCUGGAGACGGGCAUGUUCGCGGGCAAGCCGGCCGACUACUGCACCAUGCUGGUGUUCAACUGGAUCUGCUGCGUCAUCAUUGGGCUGCUUGUUAACUUGCCUCUGCUAAUGGACCCGAUGGUGCUGUCUGUCCUGUACGUGUGGUGCCAGCUCAACAAGGACGUGGUGGUCUCGUUCUGGUUCGGGACGCGGUUCAAGGCGAUGUAUCUGCCGUGGGUGCUGCUCGCGUUCAACAUGGUCAUCAGCGGAGGCGGAGUGAUGGAGCUGCUGGGCAUCCUGAUCGGGCACCUGUCGUUCUUCCUGCUGUUCAAGUACCCGCAGGAGUUCGGCGGCCCCGCGCUGCUCGCGCCGCCCGCCUUCCUCAAGCAGCUGUUCCCUGACACCCGCUACAUGGGCGGCUUCGGGACCGCCCCCACGGCGCGCCCAGCGCAGCCCGCCCGCCCCGGCGCCACCGUGUUCGGGGGACACGCCUGGGGCCGCGGACACACGCUCGGCGGCAACUGAACGGACCCCGAAUAUUACCCGGAAUAUUGAUGCAAAUGAACGGACCCCCGAUUCUCGGAACAAUGACGCAGGAAAAAUAUUUUGUUUUUAAUUUCAAUAGGUUCGUUUGGUAUCAAUGUGGCGAUGGAAUGAUAAAAAGCAUGCAGUAGGAGCUCAUCAAUACAGCAUAGCGAACCAUGAGGUCAGAGUCUUGACUCUUGACGCAUUCCGCCCACGCCUCUUUAUUUUAUUGUACAUUUGCUGGUUUUUAGGAUAGAUUUUCAGACAGAUAGUCACAGAAUUAUCUUUCCUAAUCGCUCUAAAGACCUAUUUUAUUUAUUUGAGGUCGUUUGAGUUGAGUUUUUUGUUGACCGGGAUUACAGGAUUUUAAAGAAUCAUACAUUAUUAUGGAUGUUAGGUAAAUAAAUAAGUGAAUAUCUGCCUAUUUAUAUGCAGUUAUAUUUUAAUACAACUGCAUCGUUGCAUUUCUUGAUUUACUCCUAAGACUACGAUGCUGGUUGUUGUGUAUAAGACAGACCGAUAAUGAAAGUAUUUAUUUAAAUGGCGGCCCAAAAUUAAAAUAAUUUCUUAUAACUCGCCCAUCCUAUAAGCAUCCCUGCUUUGCAGUCACCGCCAAAAGCGCAUAUUCUUUCUUUAUACAUAGUGAGAGCAGCCACUUUAGAUUGGAUUUUCAUUUCUUUAUUUAAGCGUCUUAUACAUAAGGUACUUAUUUAUUUAUUUUUUAAAUUAAAAACACCUGUGUUUAUCAAUUUUAUGGGGUGUUUUUGGAAAGUUUUAUAUUUCACGUCUCUUUUUCUGAUGAUGUUAUAUGUAAAUUCGUAGUUAUGUACACGAUUUAAAAUAAAUGUUGUAGACUAGAUUGGUAAUAUAAAUGUUGUGUCUAUUACAUGAUGUGUAUUAAGCCUAUCUAUCCAAAUGAUAUUUUGUAUUUAUUUUUUUUACUAUGUGGUUUUAAGAUCAUUAUCUUUUCGAUGUUUUAGAAUAGAAAUACCUACUUCUACUACAUAUAAUAUCUCCACUGUGUAUUGAUAAACCUGCAUUUAAGAGUUUAUUAUUUAAAUAUGACUGAGUUUGCAUAAAUAUUUUAGAAACCUUUCAUGAUUAUGGAGAUAAAAUAAUAAGUUUUAAUAAUAACUAUAAAGAUUACUUUUUGUUAACAGAGCAAUGAUCCUUUUCUAUCUUCCAUUAUAAUAAAUGUUUAGAAUGGAGAAAAAAGGGAAAACUAACAUCUUAAAGGAUGCUAUACAGACUGUACUAGUCUAUGAUAAAUGGAUGAAGCUAGAAUAAAAUAUUUGUAAAAAGUUGUAUGAAAUACAAAAUUAUCAAAUAC